CACGGUCUCUCUAAUUCAUCAGCAUGAAUCCAACGUUCGCAGAAACUGAGAUGUUUGACGAUAUCAACGGUUGUAACAACAACGAGAGCAUGAUAUGCGGCGAGGAGAUAUGCGACGAGGAGGAAGAGUUCCAGCAGAACUUCUACUUCCUGCCGGUCCUCUACAGCAUCAUCUUCGUCCUGGGCCUGUUUGGGAACGGCCUGAUGAUCGGGGUCCUCCUGAGGCGUCGCCAUCGGCUGCGCAUCACCGAGAUCUACCUGCUGCACCUGGCCGUGGCGGACCUCCUGCUCAUCUUCACGCUGCCCUUCUCGUCGGUGAGCAGCAUCGCCGGCUGGAUGUUCGGGAACUUCUUCUGCAUGCUGAACGGCACGCUGGAAAACCUGAACCUGCUGUGCGGAAGCCUCCUCCUCGCUUGCAUCGGGUUCGACCGAUACCUGGCCAUCGUUCACGCGGUUCCCAGCAUGCAGAGUCGACGUCCAAUAGUCGUGCACCUGACGUGCGCGUCCCUGUGGUUCCUAUGUUUGACCUUGGCCCUGCCCAAUGCUGUGUUUCUCUCUGUGGUGCAGUACGACAAUGAUUCCAUGCCCGACUGUUAUUAUUAUCGCUUUGACAUCCACUCUCACAACUGGGUCAUCGCUAACAGAAUCAUACACCACAUGUGCUUUUUCUUCUCUUUGGGCGUCAUGUGCUACUGCUACACCAUGCUGGCCAUUACCCUCUUCCACAGUCAGAAAAGCCAUGCCAAGAAAGGCGCUAUUCGCCUGGCUUUGCUGCUCACACUGGUGUUCUGCUUCUGCUGGUUGCCGUUCAACGUUGCGUCGGUUGUAAAAACCUACGAAGAGCUGAGAGUGGCGACGGAGAACUUCUGCGAGUCCGUGGUCUUGAAGCAGGUCUACUAUGCGACGUAUUGCCUGGGGAUGUCCCAUUGCUGCCUGAACCCGUUCCUGUAUGCCUUCGUCGGUGUGCAGUUUCGCAACGAGCUGGUUCAGCUGUUGUGUCAGCUGGGCUGCGGCAGAGUUUGUUUACCGUUUAUCAGAGCUUCGGUUCACGCCCGCCCUUCCCUUUCGGAGGCAACGACCACCAACAGCACCUACAUCUAAUCGUAAAACUCAUCCGUCAAGGAAGAAGAUGCUACAACUUGUUCCAGAGUUCUGAUAACAAAGUGCUUGUUAUAUUUGCUUUGUCUGAAUUGUUGUAUUUAAUAGGGACAGCAUUUUAGGCCCCA